GCGGGCUUAUAAAGGCAGGGAGGGCAGCGAGGCAGCUGGAGAGGCUGCUGGACAGAGCCUGGUGCUGAAGCCGGUAGAGAGCAGCAGCGGCGGCAGCAGCAGCAGCACCGGCGGCGCUGUCGAGGACCCCCCCGCCCCGCUCGCCCAUGGCAGGGAAGCAGCAGCCCCCGUAUCUGCACCUGGCCGAGCUGACGGCGUCCCAGUUCCUGGACAUCUGGAAGCACUUCGACGCGGACGGAAAUGGCUACAUCGAAGGGAAGGAGCUGGAGAACUUCUUCCGAGAGCUGGAGAGUGCCAGGAAGGGAGCAGGAAUGGGAUCCAAAAACGUCAACUUCGGGGAGAAGAUGCAGGAGUUCAUGCGGAAAUACGACAAGAAUGCAGAUGGCAAAAUUGAAAUGUCUGAGCUGGCACAGAUCUUGCCCACGGAGGAGAAUUUCCUGCUGUGUUUCCGACAGCAUGUUGGCUCCAGUGCCGAAUUCAUGGAGGCCUGGCGGAAGUAUGACACGGAUCGCAGCGGCUACAUAGAAGCCAACGAGCUCAAGGGGUUCCUGUCGGACUUGUUAGAGAAAGCAAACAGGCCCUACGAUGAGCCCAAGCUGCAGGAAUACACACAGACCAUUCUGCGGAUGUUUGACUUGAAUGGGGAUGGGAAACUCUGCCUCUCUGAGAUGUCCAGGUUGCUGCCUGUGCAGGAGAACUUCCUCCUCAAAUUCCAGGGGAUGAAACUAGAUUCGGAGGAAUUCCAUGCCAUCUUUGCAUUUUAUGACAAGGACGGAAAUGGCUUCAUUGACGAGAAUGAGCUGGACGCCCUGCUGAAGGACCUCUAUGAGAAAAACAAGAAGGAGAUGAGCAUCCAGCAGCUCACCAACUACAGAAAGAGCAUUAUGAAUCUGUCCGAUGGGGGAAAGCUUUACCGCAAGGAACUGGAGAUCGUACUCUGCAAUGAGCCCCCCCUGUAAAAGAGGAGCUGCCCCCUUCACCACUCUCUCGCCCUGCCCUGCCACUACCACAAAGGCAACUGAAGAGGCCACAAUGACACGUGAAGGAAGGACCAUUGUCUGACCUGCAUCUGGGUGAUCCUCCCAACCCCGCAAGGCUUGGCUCGCUGAUGCGCUUGUGACUUUGGCAACAGAACCUCUGCCAGAUGGUGGGGGAAGGGUAGCGCUGCAUGACCUCCCUACUGGGGGCUCCAAUCUAGACUUCUUUUCCCAGCCCUGCUUGUUUCUCUCUUUUAGUUAUGAUAGUUUGUGUCUUGUAAAUCCCCAUAUCGGGAGAGGGUGUUCUUUUGCUCUUGAUUUUUAUCUUUUGCCUUCUUUUCAUGUUCAGUCUUCUUGUUUACCAAAGAAGAGUUACAAAUAAAAUGGAUGUUCUGCUACAGGA